AUGGAGAUCUUCGUGACUCCUGCCGAGGACACACCGCUGGUCGCGACAUCUGUCCAGGAAGAUGUGCCCACGACAAACGGCCAGGAGCUCAAGGACGAGUUCCGACUCUCCUCGGAGUCGAGCCGCGCCUCGCCUUCGUUCCCGAUUGUGUGCGGAAACGCGGGCUACGUGGCCGUGCGUCCGAGCGUCUUCUUGGACAUGCACGUUCCCAUGGAGGUGUCUACGUCGGUGGUGCUCAGUUUCUGCCAGCAGAACGUGCUCCGCCAAUACUACCGUCUACUCGCCAUGGUCGGCUGGCGGCCCCUGGUGGACACCAGCGAGCACGUGCGCUGUCAGCCGGUGCUGCAGACCCUCAACUUCAUGCACAACGUCGUCGUCUUCGUUGUCCUAGUCCUGGGUCACGUGCUUCAAUACACGGCCUGCUUCCGUAGGGACGGCAUGAUCAGCUACAGGUCGCAAGCGUUAGACUCGGCCAUCACGCGCAACGAAUUUGUCCAGGGAAAGGACAUGACGUGCGGAAGCAGCUCGUUCGCUGUGUACGUCUUACCCGCCAUGAUGCAGAUGGCAGCGUACGUCGUCGCCCUGAUGCACACGCGCUCGCACGAGAACGAGCAGUUCCAGUCUCUUGUCGAGAAGGUCUUCCUCCAGCUGACACCGACCGACGUCUGGAACGUCGCCAAGAAACGCAUCACGCGCCGGCUGCACGCCGUCUACGCCGCCGGCGUCCUCUGGAUCGUCGCGUCGUUGGCCUCGCAGGUGCUCAACAUCUGCGCCGGCGGCACGCUCAAGCUCAAGUGGAUGUACGUCGCGGAAGACGACCAGGAGGUGCACUACUUCCUGCUCGGUGCUCUCGUGGCGAUGAUUCUCUUCCGCGACGUCGUGAGCAUGACCUUAGCGACCAGUUACGCCAUCCACUGCCAGCUGCUGCUCGUCUACCUGCAGAACAUGUCGCAGGCCGUGCGCGAGAGGAGGAUCACCUUCCUCGAGUUCUUCCGCGGCGUCGAGGAGGCGCGCAAGAGCGUCCGGUACCUCAACCAGAGGCAGGCUUUUGCGGUGACGGUGCAGACCAUCUGGGUGACCUCGAGGAUGGUGGUGUGCUUCUACGCGCUCCUGGGCACCCCUUGGACACACUGGAUUCGGUUCCUGGCCGCCUGGCUCAACGUCUUCGUCUGGCUCUCCCUCGUCCUCAUCCCUCUGGUCCAGGCGAGCCGGCUCAGCUCGACGUGUCGUCACGUGCGGGAGCUGGGCCCCGAACUGACGGCGCGGCCCUUCGUUUAUCGCGACGUGCCGCAGUCCGAGCUCGACUCGUUCCUCCUCUUCACGACGUCGCUGAGGAUGCAGGCGAAGCUCUGUGCCCUGCCGAUAACUAAGCGCACGGUGAUAUUCGUGUUCCUGCUCAUCGCAAUCAGCUUGUUCAUAUGCGUGCAGCUGGACAUCGUUCGUUUCAGGCCUUGACCGUGAUAGCUUACAUGGGGCGCCAGUAUCUUGCAACCCUGCCACGAUAAGAGGUUCUU